CCUCGCUUUCUUCAAAAUGCAGCCACAACCCAAUGGACCAACGGAGUCAUGCUCUCCUUCCUUUCUUCCUCAACCACCUCUCCCCUCCUUUAUCUCUCUAGAAAACUCUCUCUUCAAACGCUAACAAGAAACCUCUCACACACCACCAUGGCGAUAAACUUACACUACCAUGCCUUCGCUGGCAAUCCUCUGAGAUCCAAGACCCCAAAGCCCGAAGACCCAUUUUCACCAAUCUCAGCCCUCGAAACCCUCAAGACCCAGCUCUUAGAUACCUCCCACAGCCUCUCCUCCCCUGCUUCCAAGGUCCUGCCUUUCAGGAAAGGCAGGCCCUUGGCAUCUUCCAGUGGCGGGCUCGGUGACUUGGCGCCAAAUUGGCAGCUGGGUUGGAUUGGUUUGGAUGAUUGCAAGGGUUACUUGGCCAAUUCUGGGGUCCAGCUGAGUGCGGACUCGUUGGUUUACUUGGGUUCGAGGCCUGAGGACGAUGUGGUCUAUUGGGGAAUUGAUGUUUCAGGUGAGGGUGGUCUGGUGCCGGAGUUUGGGAGCAAGCAGCUCAGCUUUGUGGAGCUGAGGACGUUAAUGGUGGCAACCGAUUGGGCCGAUGAGCAAGCUAUGGGGGAAUUGGCUAUUGCCGGUCAUGCCAGGGCAUUGCUAGAAUGGCAUAGCAUAUCAAAUUUCUGUGGACAUUGUGGGGAGAAAACAGUCCCCAUGGAAGCUGGGAGGCGGAAGCAAUGCUCAAAUGAGUUAUGCAAAAAGAGGAUUUACCCUCGUGUUGAUCCGGUUGUCAUCAUGUUGGUCAUUGAUAGAGAGAAUGACCGUGCACUCUUAAGCCAACAAUCAAGAUUUGUACCCCGAAUGUGGAGUUGCUUAGCUGGUUUUAUAGAGCCAGGAGAAAGCUUGGAAGAGGCAGUGAGAAGAGAAACAUGGGAGGAGACUGGUGUUGAAGUUGGAGAAGUUAUAUAUCAUAGUUCUCAACCAUGGCCUGUGGGGCCAAGUAGCAUGCCAUGCCAGCUGAUGGUUGGCUUUCAUGCAUAUGCAAAAUCACUAGAGAUAAACGUGGACAAGGAGGAGUUGGAAGAUGCUCAGUGGCACAGUAGAGAAGAUGUGAAAAAAGCUUUGACAUUUGCCGAAUACAAAAAAGCUCAAACAACAGCUGCAGUCAAGGUAGAACAGAUGUGCAAGGGGGUUGAGAAAGGACAGAACUUGUCUGCAGAUUUCAACGUGGAAAGUGGUGAACUUGCUCCCAUGUUCAUCCCUGGGCCAUUUGCUAUUGCCCAUCACCUCAUCUCUUCCUGGGUCUACCAAGAUACAAUCAAUGGUGUUGAAGCUCUUUUAAAACAACCUAGUGGUUCUAUGUCAAGUUUGUAGAAGCGGCUCAAAUUCGUUCUUAAGAUAGCAUGAUUUCAUGGAAAUUAUUUUCUUUUGAUCAUCAAUAUAUAUUAUAUAUUGUUUCCCAGGAUUGUAAAGGGUAGUUGGUAUCCAAAUGCCUUGGAAAUUCAUUAUGAUUUCAACUUGUCAUUGUUGUAAAAGAUCCUACAGCCUCUGCAAUGAGUCCGAGCUGUUCUCUUUCUUUCAAUUAUUUAUUUUAGGGAAAAAUUUACUUCA